GCAACGGGGUUUGACAACACCAGAACGGAGGUGAGAGCUGGGAGGGUCUAGCCUGGAGAUUUCCUAAGGACCUGGGGAGCCUACCUUGCAGUCACGCCUGUAAAAAGCGGUCCCUGAGGAGUGGGGCCCUUCGCUAGGGCAGCCGGCUAGGGCCUUCCCCUACUGGAGAGCGGAACUGAUACAGUCCAUCCUCCUGCCUCAGUGAAGCGGCCAGGGCUCCACUUGGGCUCUAUACAAGUCGUAUUCUUGCAAGACUGCUUGUACGAAAACAUGGCAGUUUCCAUUUUCACAAAUUAAUCAAGCCUAGCACCAAAUACUGCCACAGGUUGGGGCUGUCAUUGCAGUGGAUACCUGGUCAGGAGAUUAGUAAAUUAUACCGGGAAGCGCCAGAAUGGAGGUGUCAAUGCCCCUGCCUCAGAUAUAUGUAGAAAAAACCCUAGCCAUUAUCAAGCCAGAUAUUGUUGACAAAGAAGAGGAGAUCCGCGACAUUAUUCUCAGAUCUGGAUUCACCAUCAUUCAGAGACGGAAACUACAUCUGAGUCCUGAGCACUGCAGCAACUUUUAUGUGGAACAGUACGGGAAGAUGUUCUUCCCAAACUUAACAGCUUAUAUGAGCUCUGGACCUCUUGUUGCUAUGAUAUUAGCGAGAUAUAACGCCAUCUCUUACUGGAAAGAACUUAUGGGACCAUCUAAUAGUUUACUAGCUAAGGAGACGCACCCGGACAGUCUAAGGGCAAUUUACGGUACAGAUGAGCUACGGAACGCCCUUCAUGGGAGCAAGGACUUCGCUGCCUCAGAAAGAGAGAUUCGCUUCAUGUUUCCAGAAGUGAUUAUUGAACCCAUUCCAAUUGGACAAGCUGCUAAGGACUAUUUAAAUCUGUACGUAACGCCAACCCUACUUCAAGGACUCACGGAGCUUUGUAAGCAGAAACCCGCAGACCCUUAUCAUUGUCCAGGUUGGCCACAAAACGUGAAAGCUUGAGUUUUUUGUUACGAUUGUUACAGUCUCUCUCGGUUCUAAGGAGGUAACAGCCUGCUCUCUUUGCUUUGCCCCAGUUCCUCCUGACUACCCCGGCUCACAUUCUACACCCCCUUAAGUUAGACCAGGAGUCUGGUCUGUACCUCAGCCUCCACUAAGCCCCAAUGACACAAUGGCCACUGGAGGAUAUCGUCUCUCUCUGUGUGGUCACUUGUCAACUUCCAGGAUUAUAAAGAUCUCUCUAAACUGGGGCCAGGCAGU